AUGAAUACCAUAUUUGGUUAUAUUUUACAGGGGGCAUGUCAAGUUACUAGGGAAUCUAAAUCCUCGGUACAAGUUUAUUUUGCUAACACGGAUGCUAUAUUGGAGAAAUUUUGGGAGGUGGAGGAGGUGCCUGUCAAGAUGAAGGAUCCAAAGGAAGAGCCAUGUGAAGUUCACUUUGAACAGACCCACCAGCGGGAUGCAACAGGACGAUACGCACUGCGGCUACCGUUUCUAGCGGAUCAUCCUGAGUUGGGGGACUCUCAAAACCAAGCACGUAGACGGUUUCACGCUUUGGAGAAGCGGCUCCAGGCGAAUCCGGGGUUAAGCAGCAAAUACGUGGACUUCAUGCGGGAGUACCAGCAGUUGGGGCACAUGGUUCCUUUCAGUGGAGAUCUUGAAGCAUCUCAUUAUGUAAUUCCUCAUCAUGGGAUAUUUAAAGCGGGAUCGGAGAAAAUUCGAGUGGUGUUUGACGCCAGCUGUCCUACAUCAACGGGGGUUUCUCUGAACGAUUGCCUUCAUGCUGGUCCUAAAUUACAGCAUGACGUUAUGCAGGUUAUCUGUCGGUUUCGGCUCCACAAAAUUGCGUUUUCUACGGACAUCCGGAUGAUGUACCGUAUGAUUGAGAUUCAACGGGAAGAUCAAAGGUAUCAGUUAAUAUUUUGGCGGGAAUCACCGAAGCUACCUUUGCAAUUGUUUGCCUUAACAACGGUUACUUAUGGUAUGAAAUGUAGUCCGUAUCUAGCUAUAAGGACUCUACGACAGCUCGCGGAGGAUGAGUCACGUGCGCCUAAAGGCGAGUCUGACCAAGGCGAGAUGGAUGCUUCCGGAUUAGCAGAGGCAGCUCGGGUGCUUCAAACAUCCGUGUAUAUGGAUGAUAUUUUAAGUGGAGCUCCUACUUUAGCCGAAGCUCAACGGUUAAAAAAGGACAUAAUUCACCUGCUGUCCUUGGGCGGAUUUGAACUGCGCAAAUGGAUGUCAAACGACGAACACCUCUUGGAGGAUAUUCCCUCAGAUCAUCGAGAGAAACCCCACUUAUUUGACACGGACGGUCCUGGUUAUGUGAAAAUCCUAGGAAUUCAAUGGAAUCCGGUUGCGGAUACCUUUACUUACCACACGAAUCUGGAUCCAGACGCGGUUUGGACAAAAAGAGCCAUUUUGUCCGUCCUCGCUCGUAUGUUUGACCCCAUGGGUUGGAUAACCCCGGUGAUUUUACAAGGGAAACUGUUGUUACAGCAGAUUUGGCUGCUGAAAUUAACCUGGGAUGAAUGUCCACCGCCAGAAAUUAUCAAGGAAUGGACUCACAUAUUUAUUAACCUCCCCGCCAUAGAAAACCUUAGGAUAAAUCGGUUUGUAUUAGCUGACGAGGUCGUUCAUUGCUCGUUACAUGGGUUCUCGGACGCCUCGGAAAAGGCUUUUGGCGCCGCAGUUUAUAUUCGUACUGUGACUACGAGUGGUCAGGUUCGAAUCUUUUUAAUGAUGGCUAAAUCUAAGGUCGCUCCGAUAAAGAGCAAACUAACCAUACCUAAAUUGGAACUAUCGGCUGCAGCGUUAGCAGUCAAAUUGCUAACAUACGUCUUAGAUUCUAUUAACGAUAAAGUUGUCAUGCAUGACAUUUUUGGUUGGUCGGAUAGCACGAUAGCUCUUUCGUGGAUGAAAUAUCCACCUCAUCGGCUUCAAACGUUUGAAGGAAACCGAGUGACCCAAAUCAACAACAGUGGUUUGGAUAUUAAAUGGAGAUACGUGCCCUCGGAGGGGAACCCGGCAGAUGUUGCCAGCCGAGGCUGUAAGGGGCACGAACUUCGGUCUCAUGACCUGUGGUGGGGUCCACCGUGGCUGUUGUCGGACGAAGGUGAUUGGCCGGUUAAUCUGGUGGAUCCGGUUGACACAUUGCCCGGUUUGCGGAGGGGCGGUAACGUCACUGUGUCGGCGGUUGCCGUAUCGGAUACAUCUCUCAUGGCCAAGUACAGCUCUUUGUCCACGUUAAUAGCGGUGACCGCGUAUUGCAUUCGGACUAAAGCCAAGCCAGACGAGCCUUUUAUGUCGGACUUACCAGCUGACCGGAUAAAUGCCACUGGAUUGUUUCAUACGGUGCAAACGGAUUUUGCGGAAUUGAGGCUGUGCUGA